GACGCGGGAGGUUGAGGGAGGCUGGGGCCACUGAGUGACGGGAGAGAGUGAGUGAGGCACGGAGGUACCGGCUGAAAAUCCGCUCCAGGGCCAGAUAACUGAGCACACACGCGGCGUGAAGAGGGAAGCUGAUCGGCGAUGGCGUCGGGAGGAGAGUCUAAAUCUGAUGAUUUAUCAACUGCUAUUCUGAAGCAGAAGCAUCGACCUAAUAGAUUAAUUGUCGAUGAAGCAAUUAAUGAAGACAACAGUGUGGUUUCGCUGUCUCAGGCAAAGAUGGAUGAACUUCAGUUAUUCAGGGGAGAUACGGUAUUGCUAAAAGGAAAGAAGAGAAGAGAGACAGUUUGUAUUGUUCUGUCAGAUGAUACAUGCUCGGAUGAAAAAGUUCGCAUGAACAGGGUUGUGCGCAACAACUUGAGAGUUAGACUGGGUGACAUUGUAAGCAUUCAGCCAUGCCCAGAUGUAAAAUAUGGCAAACGAAUCCACGUACUUCCCAUUGAUGACACAGUUGAGGGUAUUACUGGAAACUUAUUUGAAGUCUAUCUCAAACCCUAUUUCCUGGAAGCUUAUAGACCAAUAAGAAAAGGUGAUAUUUUCUUGGUUCGUGGUGGAAUGCGUGCUGUGGAAUUCAAAGUAGUGGAAACUGAUCCAAGCCCAUACUGUAUAGUUGCUCCAGAUACUGUAAUCCACUGUGAGGGUGAACCCAUCAAGCGCGAGGAUGAGGAAGAAUCUUUGAAUGAAGUUGGUUAUGAUGAUAUUGGUGGAUGCAGAAAACAGCUUGCUCAGAUCAAGGAGAUGGUUGAGCUGCCUCUUCGGCAUCCUGCACUUUUCAAAGCUAUUGGUGUCAAGCCUCCGCGAGGUAUUCUCUUGUAUGGGCCCCCUGGAACUGGCAAGACCUUAAUUGCUCGUGCAGUUGCAAAUGAAACUGGUGCAUUUUUCUUCCUUAUCAAUGGACCUGAGAUUAUGAGCAAACUUGCAGGAGAAUCUGAGAGCAAUCUGAGAAAAGCAUUCGAAGAGGCUGAGAAAAAUGCUCCUGCUAUCAUUUUUAUUGAUGAACUAGAUGCUAUUGCUCCAAAGAGGGAAAAGACUCAUGGCGAAGUGGAACGUCGCAUUGUGUCACAACUCCUCACCUUGAUGGAUGGUUUGAAGCAACGUGCUCAUGUAAUUGUUAUGGCAGCUACAAAUCGGCCAAACAGCAUUGAUCCUGCUCUUAGAAGAUUUGGACGGUUUGAUAGAGAGGUGGACAUUGGUAUUCCUGAUGCCACAGGUCGAUUGGAAAUCCUGCAAAUUCACACAAAGAACAUGAAGUUGGCAGAUGAUGUAGACCUUGAGCAGGUUGCUAAUGAAACUCAUGGUCAUGUUGGAGCUGAUUUGGCUGCCUUAUGCUCUGAAGCUGCUCUUCAGGCUAUUAGAAAGAAGAUGGAUGUUAUAGAUCUGGAAGAUGAGACCAUUGAUGCUGAAGUUAUGAAUUCACUUGCUGUUACUAUGGAUGAUUUCAGGUGGGCUUUGAGCCAGAGCAAUCCUUCAGCUCUGCGCGAAACUGUGGUAGAAGUGCCUCAGGUAACGUGGGAAGACAUUGGUGGAUUAGAUGAUGUGAAGAGAGAACUACAGGAACUUGUACAAUACCCUGUUGAGCAUCCUGACAAGUUCCUGAAGUUUGGCAUGACCCCUUCAAAAGGUGUACUAUUCUAUGGGCCACCUGGUUGUGGUAAAACCUUGCUGGCAAAAGCCAUUGCGAAUGAAUGCCAGGCCAACUUUAUUUCGAUCAAAGGGCCAGAGCUGCUUACCAUGUGGUUUGGUGAAUCAGAAGCUAAUGUCCGAGAAAUAUUUGAUAAGGCACGUCAAGCUGCCCCUUGUGUGUUAUUCUUUGAUGAACUUGAUUCCAUUGCUAAGGCUCGAGGCGGGAAUAUAGGUGAUGGUGGUGGUGCUGCUGAUCGUGUCAUCAAUCAGAUUCUGACAGAAAUGGAUGGUAUGUCUACCAAGAAGAAUGUCUUUAUCAUUGGUGCUACCAACCGCCCUGAUAUUAUUGAUCCGGCAAUUUUGCGCCCUGGGCGCCUUGAUCAACUGAUUUACAUCCCAUUGCCUGAUGAAAAGUCUCGUGGGGCUAUUCUAAAAGCUAACUUGAGAAAGUCUCCUAUUGCUAAGGAAGUAGAUUUGGAGUAUUUAGCAAAGACCACCAAUGGAUUUUCAGGAGCUGACCUGACUGAGAUCUGUCAACGAGCUUGUAAGCUUGCAAUCAGAGAAUCAAUAGAAAGUGAGAUCAGACGUGAACGUGAAAGACAGGGUAACCCUUCAGCAAUGGAGGUUGAAGAAGAUGAUCCAGUUCCUGAAAUACGCAAAGAUCAUUUUGAGGAAGCUAUGCGUUAUGCACGUCGAUCUGUCAGUGACAAUGACAUUCGAAAAUAUGAAAUGUUCGCACAAACACUGCAGCAGAGUCGUGGAUUUGGCAGCUUCAGAUUCCCGUCUAGUAGCCAACCUGGAGCAGGACCAAGUCAAGGAACUGGAGGUGGAAGUGGUGGAAAUAUGUUUAGUGAAGACAAUGAUGAUGAUCUGUAUGGUUAAACAUACACUGUGGACCAAAUUUGAUCAGGCCAAGUUGUACAAUUUCCAUUUCUUGGACUGUUACUUUUUUUCCCCCUUCAGUCCAUUCGAAGAAGUGUGUGCAGCUUGUCAUAUCUGGUUCAGGGGCCUCUAAUGAACCUAUUCUUGAUGUUGGAUGUGAAGUUAACUGUUCAAUCACUGCAGAGUAGUCCAUGACUACCUUCUGGGAAACCUCUGUUUUAAUUGAUAAGGCAGAUUCAGCAGCUUUUGCAGUGGGUAUAAGUAUCCCGAAAAAAAUACAAAAUGCUUAUGGAACUUCAUUUUUUUUAUUUCAGUAGGUAACAUGAUAAAUGUAUGCAUUUGAAAAUAAGACUUGAAAUGUUAUGGAACUUAAUAUGAACCGAUAAUAAAAUCUCAAUUGUUGCACCUCCAAUAAAGUACUGUGUUUUGCCUGAAUGCUAACCUGUAGUUAUAGGUUAAGCUAUGUAAUCACAAAAGACAGUUGUAUAGCUUACCUGUUGCAAGUAAAGUUUUGUGUGCUGUAUUAUGUUGACAUUUGACGAAUUGUCAACUGAGUUAUUAAAAAUCAAUUCUGAUUUUCAAAAUCUAAAAUUCAUUGCAUAUGAGACCAUAAGACAAAGGAGCAGAAGUAGGCCAUUCGGCCCAUCGAGUCUGUCAAUAAUGCUAGUUAUGCUAACUUAAUAUAUUUAAAUUUUGUCAGUUUUUAAGAUUGAAAGUAAACUAAGCACACUACACAAACCAUUUUGGAGUAUAGCACAGUGGACAUUAGUGUCAAAAGGUUUAUAAAGUUGAGUCAUCAUUAGCUUCUAAUAAUACAAUAAAUUUGAUUAAUUUUCAAUACAGUGGAUUCCGGUAAUUCGGCCAACAGUUAAUCGGGCUGGUUGCUUAUUUGGGAAAAGAACAAAAAUUAAUUGAGAAAAUAGCCAGAAUUUCUUUCAUUUAUUUGGGACAGGAGAUUGUUGCCAAGCAUUUUCUAACUAAUGUCAGUCACGUGCACUUGUGUGGCUGUUCGACACUAUACUGUGCUUCAAGUGAACAGUUUUAAAGAAGCAUCAGCUGCAUGAGUUUCUGAUCAAAAAGCAGCAAUUUUUGUCAUUGAUGGUUGGGGAAAAAAACAAGCAGUAAGACAACUUAGGACUGUUUAGCUCACUGCAGUUUCAAGCAAAGGCUUGAAGAUGUCAGAAACGUCCAGGAGUGGAAAAUGAAACUCUUUGGCUACUUCAAAUUAGGAAAACUCAGCAAUCAUCUUGAAUGUUACAAUGAACAUGAAGAUUUUGAAGACGCAAUUGUCGAAAACAUUGUAUGGAGGGAGUCCAUUAUCUGCACUUGGUAACUGCGAUGAUUUUAUUUGCAUACUGUCAAUUAAAGAACACAGCAAUGUACACUGGAUAAAUUCCUUUGUUAACAAUUAGGAUAUAAUACAGUUAAACUACUGUAAUGGUAUUGGCAGUGUUCUGAUUUGUUCUCUAUUUCAUUUAGAUACAUAAUUUGCUACUCAGUUAAGCAGUAGUUUGCCUUUUUAUACCGUUAUAAGCUGUUUCCAUGAAGCUUCAGCUAAUUGGGGCAGCUGCUUAAUUGGGCCAAAAUGUACUGGUCCUGAAGUGACCCAAUUGACCUGAAUCUACUGUCUCCCUUUCCACCUGUAAUCUACAGCAACUAGUCACGGGCAUAUUUCAUUCAAUUGCUGGGGUAUCUCUCCGUCAU